AAUUUUUUCGAGCUUUGGCGAUCUUCGACAUUGUUGAUGAUGGUGAUUUUUUUUGAGUUGUUUGGACUUUUGGGUUAUAAUGUUGGUUAAUUUUGUGAAGUGGUUUAUGUUCACUUAGUCUCUUAUUGCGGAUAAAUGCCAUUUUAAAAAAGAGGUGCGCAAGUGUGCCCACCCCCACCGGAUCUCCAAAUAACCGCCCCCAGCAUCCACCGCCGCCAUGGACGCCGCCAGCUACGUGCCCAACAACCCCCAGUUCGGGCUGCAGCUCGAGUGCAACUGGUCCACGCAGCAGCAGCAGCAACAGCUACAGCAACAGCAGCAGCAGCACCAGUCGCAAAUAGCGACCGUGAACGGAUCUUGUGCCCAGGACGACCUGUCGUCCUGCUGGAGCGACGACAUGGGCUCCUUUUCCCUGCCACUGGAUCUGGAACCGUUGCCCAGCUUGUUCAACAUAUCCCCUUGCGGGAGCAAUGGAUACAAAACAGAAUCUCAAGGAACGUACCAAAACCAGCCAUCCCAACUGAUAUUUCGAGAGAACAAACCCACGGGAGACGUAGCAGACGUGCUUUUAUCCUUAAAGCAUGCCGUGGUUCACCCUGGUCAAAGCCCAUCGGAUAAAUACGAGUCCCAGCAAAAUUUGCACCACUCCCAGAUGCUUCUGUCGCCUGGAAGUGCCUACGGAGGCAUAUGCGAUCAGGCGUUCGCCCAACAGACACCCAUGUUUCCUAGUAUGAGUGUUAAUGUGUCCAUGAACAUGACCAUGCAUGGGUAUCAUCCUAACAGUGGGUAUCCCAGUGGGGAUAUAGCCUGUCCACAGGUCCAGUGGAGCGCCUCACCUCAGGUUCCAAACCCGUCUGCCUACCAAAGUCAGGGUCUUUUAAGUCCCUCCUACGGAGGCACUACCUACUCGUUUACUGCUGACUUUAGGCCGCCUCAGGAGGCCCCUGUGAUUUCGUCUUCGAACUACAAACCAGUACAAAUGUCGUUUUCGUCGCCUAGGCGAAGACACAGCAUAGCCUUGAUGGAGGAUGAUUGUCAAAAGCCUAACGUUUGUCGGAUAUGUGGUAAAAGUUACGCACGCCCCAGCACUCUGAAAACCCACCUACGCACCCACAGCGGCGAGAAGCCGUACAGAUGCAUCGACUGCAACAAAUCCUUCUCGCAGGCCGCCAACCUGACGGCGCACGUCCGGACCCACUCCGGGGAAAAACCGUUCAGAUGUCCGGUGUGCGACCGGCGGUUCUCGCAGAGCUCAUCCGUCACGACCCACAUGCGGACCCACUCCGGGGAACGGCCCUACCGAUGCAGGCUGUGCAAGAAAGCCUUCUCGGACUCCAGCACCCUGACCAAACAUCUGAGGAUACACAGCGGGGAGAAGCCCUACGAAUGCAAACUGUGUUUGCUGAGGUUCAGUCAGAGCGGCAAUUUGAACAGGCACAUGAGGGUACAUGGGACCGGCAAUGGUAUGCCUCCAUGACAUACGUUUCUGCGUACUGUAUAUACUUAGAACAAUUCAUUUUAAGCUGUUUAAAUGCGAUAUAGUUUUUCCACUAAUUAAAAUUUUAUUGAAUUCUCUGAAAACAAAACAAAACUAGCAGCAAGAUACAGAGUGUCCUGGCAGGGCAGUCCUGGUUAGGGUUUUAAAGUGUCGAAAAAAAACCGGAUUAAUUGGUAAAAUGUAUUUAUAAAAACAACUGUUUUUUUAAAGUUUCACGUGAUAUUUACUUUUUACAAUUGUUUUAUGUGUUUAAACUUAUAUUUAAGUAGGUUUUUAACAAUAUUUUAUGGUACAAAAUGUUGGAUCUA